UGUAUGAAAAUCGAAAAGUGAAAAACCUCGCAUAGUUCCGACUUUUGUUUUCGACUUCAGAUCUCAUCAGAGAGAGACACGGGCAUACGGCAAACUGUUCUUCGAUUUUCCUUUUCUUCUCCAUUCAUCCACAACAAUGGCGGACGACUAACCUCAAUACUUUUACUUCUUUUCUCUGCAAAUUCUAACAACUUAUCACAAAAUGGGAAUAUCAAUCCACAACGAAGUAUGGGACCUCAAUCCUACUGUUCUGAUUUUCAUUUUUGUAGCUUCCUUCUUAUCGAUUUUCCUCUUACCUCACUUUUCCAAUCGGACGUCGUCUCUCUCUGACAUCAAUGCCGUUUCACCUUCUUCGUCUUCUUACUUCCUUCAGUUCCAGCGCAAAUUUCUCUUCCUAUACUCUCUUUCAUCAGUGCUGGAAGGUUUAUGGUGGGUUUACGGAGAGUAUGAAAUGGUAAAUAUUGGACUUACGAAGGAGCAAAUGAUAGUUUUGCUAUCAGUUGGAUGUUUAACUUCGCUUAUUUUUGGUACUUUCUUAGGCAUAUUUUCCGAUGCUCUAGGCCACAAGAAAUUUUGUCUUCUGUUUUCCAUCCUACAUUUGAUCAUGGGUGUGUGGAAAACCCUUGCAACUCAUCCUACAGUAUGGGUAGCCAGCAUCUGCUUGUCUCUUACCAGCUCUAUAUUUUCGUUCAGUUUCGAAACUUGGAUGGUGGUUGAACAUGAUAAGCAAGGAUACAGGCAAGAUGCGUUGAAUGAUACGUUUUUUUUAAUGAUUUACUAUGAAUCAACAUCUUUAAUAGCAACUCAAGUUCUUGCAAAUUGGGCUCUUGGUCAGGGUUCAAAGAAGAGUCUAGUGUUUCCUUCAUUCAUCACAUUGUUCUUGGCAAUUGUCAAUCUUUUAUUUACAACCAAAGGAUUGCCAGAAUCUCCAGUAAGGAGGAGGCUUAAGGAGCACAGAGCAGAAUUUUUUGUGUACAUAUUUGGCGAUAAAAGGAUAUGGCUAUUGGGAUGUGCCCAAGCUUGUCUUCAGUUCUCUAUUGCUAUAUUAUGGAUUUUAUGGGCACCAACUAUAGUGGCUGAUGGACGUGGAGUACAAUUAGGGUUGGUGUAUCCAUGUCUUUUGGGUGCAAGAAUGCUAGGAAGCACAGUUUUUCCAUGGACGUUAAGUGGAUUAAUUUCUAUGCGUAUUGAAGAUUGCUUAUUGUAUGAAUUUAUUGGUGCUGGCCUUAUUUUAUCGGUUGUAGCAUAUGAUUACCAGGAAAUCGGAGUUCUGGUUACACUUUUUGGCUUAUUCCAAGUUGUUGCUGGCCUAAUAUUCCCAACUCUUGCUCGGCUGAGAUCCAUGUAUGUACCAAAUGAGUUCCGAGCUGGGAUGAUAAGUUUGUCUCUGACUCCAGCUAAUGCUGCUCUCCUAUGUGUUCUAGUCCAAGGUGGCUAUUACAAGAAUGUAAAUAAUUCUACAAUUACUGCUUUCUCUGCCUUGUGCCUUUUUUUAGCAGCAGGCUGUAUGUAUGCAUUGAAACAUUGCGGCAAACAGCCUCACCAUAGUUGGCACAAAAAAUGAUCCCAGUGCUUCCAUUUAUGAGGUCCAUGUUAUCGGGUUAGCUUUUGCAACAAAAAGAUGAUUUAUCAAGGACUCGAUCCUAAUCUAAACUGGAAAUAACCCAACAUCGUAAAGGCUUAAUACUUCAAUCAAGUUUUGGACUUUGUAAUUUCAUGUCAGAGGUCCAGACUCUACAGC